AUGCAUAACAGUCGUCAAAAGCGUAUGCCAAUCAACUGCGAGCCAUGUCGCAUACGCAAGAUACGUUGCUCUCGUGAUGGCAUUCCUUGUGGGACUUGCAAGAGACGCGGUGUUCCAUCAGCAAAUUGUCUAUUUGCUCAACGUCUUUCGCGCGAUUCUGUCCAAUCUAUUCUAGAGCCGACUAUGCCCUUAUCGCCUAUAUCUGCGAGUCGAUCUCCAGGACAAGCACCCGACGAAGACCUUGUCGCGCGCAUCACACGCAUCGAGAGAGUGUUGGCGAAUCAGCAGCGACAACCUCAAGAUCUCGCUGUCAACUUUCCAACCUCCGACAAUGGAACUUCGCCCAAGUCUGUCUCAACAGAUAGUGUGCCCGGCAGCCAGGGGGCUCUGCAGAUGUCAGCAUCCGGUCAUGUCCGAUUUGUUCCGUGUUGGCCUACAACGGAACCAGACGAUGAAUCUUGCCCUGAGACUUUCGACAGCCUUGUAUCACCAUUCGGAACGCACUACAUGACUAAUGGUCUUGGAGUGACCGACAUGUUGGCCAUGCUGCCGCCAUCGAAUCUGUGUACUCGGCUAAAGGAAAUGUACUUUGAAUCCUUCUCUCCUCUGUUCCACGUCUUGCACGAUCCAACUUUCCAUCAACAAUAUUUUCAAUUUGAGCAAGACCCAGAGUCCGUAUCGCUACCUUGGCUUGCACUACUCUUUGCUGUCAUCAGCACAGCUUUGAGUGCUUGCGAUGCAAACAGUGGUUUCCUUGGCGAACUGAGUCGGCGGCCAACUGUGUCUGCGAAGAUUCGCGAUUUGUCCGAGAGGUACAGAGCGAGUGCCAUGCGCUGCCUCGAGAUGGAUAACUAUCUUUGGCGCCACAACAUCACAACCUUGCAGGCGUUGAUUAUUGUGAUCUAUGGCAUCAAUCAUAGCCAUGGUCAAUCUUGGACUCUGCUAGGCUCCACAUAUCACAUGGCACUCUCGCUCGGCUGCCACAUCGACCCUUCAAAUUUCAAGCUCAAUCUCGUAGAAUGCGAGGAGAGACGCAGGUGCUGGGCUUGCGUUAUGAUGCUCUGCACCUUACAAAACACGUCCAUGAGAAAUUUGGCACCUCAUUACAAUAGCUCUCACUACUCUGUGCGUAUGCCAGCAGACGUCAACGACUUCGACUUGACGCCAGAUUCAACUUCACUGCCUAUUCACACUGGACGCGCAACUCAAAUGUCCUAUCUGCUGCUAAAGUUCCGCCUAUAUGAUAUUGGGAGCAGGAUCUGCUCUCGUGUGCUGAAUGCCUCAAUAGUCGAUCCCAAAGUCACUGUCGAACUUGACAAGGCCCUUAUUCACGAACGAGGCCUCUGGAAAUCCAUAUAUUCUUAUCACUCUCGCCAAGACGAAAUCCCCUCAUAUCACAAGAUACAUCUCAAUAUCUUGCAUAGCUUUUCACACCAGCUUGCAUUGCUACUCCACCGACGAAUACUUAUGCAAGGUUCUCCAGACCCUUUCCAACAACAGACCGCACGAUUGAGAAGUGUUGAGAGUGCGCGAGCGUUGCUCGAGAUACACUCAUCGCUGCAUAACAACCUUGAGUUUGGACCCUUCCAAUGGUACAAUCGAGGUUUGGGAUGUUUCCACACCUUCCACGCUGCGGUCGUAUUGAUUGCUACGAUCUCUGAAGCUAGCGAACCAGAUUCAGAUUUGCCUGACAGUAUCCGUCUGCUGAGAGAAUGUGUCGGGCGCUUCGAGGAGCUGGCGGAUUUGAGCUUGGUGUGUCGACGUGCAGCCCCAAUACUUCGUCGACUACUGUAA